GUCAGCUGCUGGACCGUGAACAUUACGACAGCAGGAGAAAAAUUUUCCUCCGAGAGUUUUCCCACCAGUCUGGUCGUUUAGCGUGAAAAAUUGUGCGUUUUCUGGUGAAAAUUUGCGUACAAAAUGGCCAUGUAAGGGGCCCACCGAAGCUAAUCGAAUCGAGCUUUAUCACAAAAUCAAGGAUUUGUUACGUUGUGUUUUAGUUGUUUACAGUUGUUGAGUUUUUUUGUUUUUCUAUUGCAAUUGUUAACAAUUUUCGUUCGUGCAAGUGCAAACGGUGCUGUUUUCACAUUCCACCACUGAGCAGAUAAAGGGAAAUAGUUUUACAGAGGCGCGAUUGUUAAAAAUGAGUUCAUCACAUUGGGAGGACUUUUACGCGACCCACCUGCCGCCAAACUGCUUCGAGGACAACCGAUCGCUGCUGAAGGAGUUUUGCGACAGGCACUUUAAACUCAAGAGCAACAUCGUCCUCAUUACGUCCGGUGGCACGACGGUUCCUCUAGAGCACAACACGGUGCGCUUUGUGGACAACUUUAGCGCCGGCAAUCGUGGUUCUGCGUCGGCCGAGUACUUUCUCGAGCAUGGGUACGCCGUGAUCUUCAUGUACCGUACCAAGUCGUUGGAACCGUUUACGCGUCACUUUAGCGGCCAGCAGUUGCUCGACAUGCUGGAGCUGCACGAGGAGGGCAUGAGCACGACGAUUACCGUCAAGCCAGAUUCGGUGGACGUGUUGGCACCGGUACUGGACAAGUACAAAAAUGCCCAGGAGACAAACCGGAUGUUGUACAUUACGUUUACCAGUGUGGUGGACUACAUGUGGUUGCUGCGGGCAGCUUGUGAGUGCUUGGCUGCCUUUGAGAGGAAUGCUGUGCUGUACCUUGCGGCGGCCGUGUCAGACUUUUACGUGCCCCAAGAUGAGAUGCCAACGCACAAGAUCCAGUCCGGUCACGGUGCGCCAACCAUCUCACUGCAGUUGGUACCGAAAAUGCUGGCUCCGUUGGUCAGCCUCUGGGUUCCACUGGCAUACGUGGUCUCGUUCAAGCUGGAAACCGACGAGGCCAUCCUGAUUGCCAAGUCUCGCGAAAGUCUCAACAAGUACAAGCACAAACUGGUGAUCGCAAACGUACUGCAGACCCGCAAGAACCGGGUAGUUUUUGUGACACCGACCAAGGCGUACGACGUUCUACUUUCCAAGGAGCAAGCCCACAAGGGUCAGGAGAUUGAGGAACAAAUCGUUGCGGACAUUGUCGACCGGCAUCAGGAAUUUGUCCGCGAUGGGGAACUACACCAGCAGCAACAGCAGCAAUGACCCAUGCGAUCGCCAAGGGCACUCAGCGGACAACAUCAGCACUUUCAGCAACAGCAACACCAGCAACAGGUCCAGCACCAGCCGCAGGGUGACUGCCGGGUGACGAUGCCGCACUUUUGCAAGGUGCUGAACCCGGGGCGAAAAUACUGAGCUGAGUUCCCGGGCUUACAGAACCGGACUACGGUUCCACGGUAGUUCCUCCGCAUUAAGGAGAUGGUUUUUUUUUCUGGGUUUGGGUGGUUCUGUCAGAAUCGUGGAAGAAGAUUUUCACGAUAGGGUGAAUCGUUUGUUUAAUGUGUAAGGGCUUAUCAUUUGACACAUUGGGACAAAACAGUAAAGGUUAACGUAAGUGUCGUCUGGUAACUAUACAGUAUAUAACAUACAUAUAUGAAUUGAUGACUGUGUCUGUGUAGUGUGUAAUCAAUAGUGAAAUGACAACAAUUGGCAACCGAAAAAGGAUAAAAAUUAGUGCACGCUAUCGUAACGUUUAGACAGUAAAGUGAACCUUAACUGGGUGUGUAGUGAAAAUUAAUAUUGAAAUUGUACUACAAAAUAAAACCUUGCUUUAUAAGGUGACAGAUUAGAGGUGACCCUAGAACAAUAGGUGAACGUUCCUCACAUCAUAAAGUUUAGACAGAUUUAUACUUUAACAUAAAAUCAUAGACAAACCUCCGACUAUCGAUGUCAUCUGAGAGACAUUGAUAUUGGUCUCUUUCAUCAGAAUGUCUCUGCAAGUGGAGUGCUGCCAUCUGCGGAUGAGUAGCCAGCUCCAAACCUCCAUCUACCGAAAAGUAGUGAAAACCACUGUCAAUGUCUCUAAUAGCUGGCAACCCAAACGAGGAAAUUGCAUUUUAACCCUGACAUUUUAAACCCUCACGAAGGCCUCCAAUCGCAACUGAGACAAAAGAACAACACUCCCAUGAAACGCAUCGGUCCAACAGUAGUGAAGCAGACAAAAAAAAAUACGCUAGGCGCUAGGCAGCAAGGGAUUCGUAGUGUCAAACAUUUGGAAUAAAUACAAUCUAGUGAUUGCUAAUAGCAGCAAAUAGUCAUUCCGUAAAAGAUGAAAUGCGUAGCUGAAAAGAGCGGGAUCUAUUUACAACCUAAUUUAGACUUUCUUUUGUUCAAGUGCAAUACAGAAACCGUACAGUGUUAAGCCCGUUCCACACAGUCUGCCGGAGAUGAUAAUCAUUUUUACCUUAAAUCCCACUCACGGACUAACGAACGUAACAGAACAAAAGGAUGUGUUGUUAUAAAAUACAAAUAUAUACUUUCUAAACGAAUGAAGAAAAACUGAAAAUGCUGUGCUAAGUUUAAGUGUUCUUACGAUGGAAAAUUAAUCGAAAGAAGCUGUGUACUAAGAAAGUGUUAGCAAAACGGAAAACCUCGUAUAAUCUUUGGAUAGAACCAAAAAAAUCAAAACAACCUGAUGUUUCAGUUUCAGACAUAUCAAAAUCAAACAUCGCAUGACCAAUUCGUAAACCGCAAGUUGAAUUUCCACCCAACAAAAACAUAAACGUGUCGUUUUAUAUGGCCAGUAAUGAAUAUUUUAAUGUGAGCCUGAUCCUGAGAAGUAUUGUACUAAAGAAGAGAAAAUCUUCAGAUAACUUGUAGAAUAGUAAGACAGAAUAACAUUUAAAAAAUAACAAGAUAAAAAAGAAUAUCCACCAUGUUAGAGCAGUCCCCCGAGGUUAAAAUUAACAUGAAGUGAACAAAUGUAACGACCAUUUAGAGGCGCUGCAACUGCAACUGUUACAAGAAGGUCCUAUACACCAACAUAGCGAAACUGAUAUGAGAAUAGCAAACUGUUACUAGAGUUAGCGAAUCUUAACGAUUUAACCCCCGUAAACAAGUGACGGUAAUGAUGACCUAAACUCCUAAGCUCGAGAAAAAGGGGGAGUUUCCAUACAAACUCGAGCUUGUGAUUUUAGGAGUUAAAAAUGUAGAAACAUCCUACGUUCACCCUUAAACAAGCAGACAAACAUAACAUUUUGAAUAUUAACCCUAUUUAUAGCCAAAACACGAAUGCAAUUUUAAAUUAAGUUCUUAAGUUUUGAAUACUUUCACCUUGUUUACAAACCGUGAACAUCAGCAAAACAGCAGUGUGUUCGUAAUAUUGCCGAUAUUUCGCGCAUGAGAGAAGACCCGUACACUAUCCUGAAAAUUGUCCAUGUACUUUCUUAAGUUUAUCAAUGCAGCUGUUCAAUUCCUAUCUCCAUUGAAUUUGGUAAUAAAUAGGUCAGCUAAUAGAAAAGAUUCGUUGAUACUAAUACUUUUGAAAACAGUGACAGAGGAAUUUACUUGGAUGAAAUAACGCUAAUGAAAAUCCUAUAACUCUCCAUUGAUAAACCGAUAACAACCCUUAAUGGUACGGUAAUUGUGCGCUUUAGAUAAAAGUUAGGGGAAAUAGUAAGCUGUAAUAUGAAACAAUCUACAUACCACACAAACACAACUAUUCAACAUGUAUUUGGAGCUGGAAGGGCAGCAGAAAAAUGUGUAUUAACAAUUAAAGGUCUCUUUCAGUAGGAAAGGCUAUAACGUAUAACACUGGGAAUGGAAAAUCGUCUAUGUAAACACAAACAGAUGGAAAUAUUAUGAGUAAAACUUAGUGAAAGCUA